UGUGAGUGGUAAUCCAAAAUGGCGACUGCCGAUAUGCAGUCAAUGAAAUUUACUCCCCCAGAUAUAUUGUUGACAUAACAGGAAGAUGGAGUCCACCGUUUUCUGCCUAGUAAAAGGAAACUUUAGAUGAUGGGAAGCUGAUUACAUCUUGUACAUUAAAUGAUGAUCUUCUGCUAGGAGGUUUUCAAGCUCAAAAGACUUAAGCAUGAUGCAGUACGUAGACUACAACCAGACAGCUGAGGACCACCAGUCCUUGCUGGUCUUGGUUCUUCAUGUUGGCUCUCAGCUUCAUACUCAGCAGUUUCACCGGGCCAUGGAUAAAAUAUCCAGGGUGGACUGCAUCCACGUCCAAGGCCAGAAAAGGAACAUCACUGUGCGAUACAAAAAGAAUUAUUCUGUUGAAUUCAAUUCGUGGGGCGACUUCCAGACGCAUCGCAAGGUUUUAGGUCUCAUUGCCAUCGGUAAGUGCGCAGACCAUACAGAGUUUGAAGAUCUUUUUGCCAGUUAUAAGAGCGUCAAGGAAGAGUACGCCCCUACUAUAAUUAAUUCUCGACUCGUUGUGUUUGGAAUGAAUACAGAUGGUUCCCCACUCACAAAUGAAACAGAGAACGUUGAAGUUACCUCUGAUAGUGAUCGGACAGACAGUGAAAGUGUAAACUCUGCCCCCAAAGAUUCCCCUCAAAUGUGUUCUGAUUCUGCCAACCCAUCCGACUCCUCUUCAUUACCUGUGCCUGAACGAGAAACAUCGUCAAAAUCGCCCCAGAAUUCUCCGGCCGAGUUGAAGCGUAAUGGUGUCAAGAAGAGCUCCGGUGUAGCCAAUAACAGCUCUAGUGAGAAGAGAUCUCACAGCAACAGCCUCACCAAAGAGGGGAGUGGUGCGGAGAUUGUGUUCUACCCAAACCUGGACCAGUGUGCGGACCUGGAGGAGAGGAUCAAGGAGUUUGUCACCUCCUUGUACUAUGUGCUGGAGGGCAAACGUUUGGACCGCUCUUUUGAGCGCAGUGAUAAAUUGACUCUGUUGUGUGCUCCUUUUGAGAAGAAAGAUUACGUGGGUGUGGACACGGACACCAAAUCUUUCCGUAAGAAAUGCAUGGGCCGUUUGCGUAAACAUCUGGGAGACUUGUGCCUUCAGGCAGCCAUGCCGGGGGAGGCUGUGCUGCACUACAAUACUGCCCUAGAUCUGCUGCGUGGUGUUAAUGACUUCCUGUGGAUGGGAGGCUGUUUCGAGGGUAUGUGCUGCGCUGCCAUUGUCUUAGCUUACCCGAGAUCCACACCAGUGGGGCUGAAGAGAAAUCUGUCUUUCCAAGUCAAACGAGGGCCGCCUAUUGCUGAAGGAAAGACUAGAGCUGGUACCAGCUAUGCCAAUGGUCUUGACGUGCUCGGUGACCAAAGUUCUCAGCCCGGCCCAAACUUGGAUGAUGUAGUGGAGAAAUACAAGGAGGCCAUCACUUACUACAGCAAGUUCAAGCAUGCGGCUGUGGUUGAAAUGGAAGCUUGUCUCAAGGCAUGCCGUCUGCUCAUUUUACAACGAAAAUACCUUCAGGCUUCUGACUUUCUCCAGAAUGUUGUUUACAUCAACUUGCCAUCUCAGGAAGAUGACAGGAUCCAGAGGUACAACACCCUGUCAGCCCUGUACAGCGAGAUAGGUUUCCGGAGGAAAGCAGCUUUCUUCAAGCGCGUGUCGGGGAUGCAUUGUGUAGCCCCGGACAGCUCCCCUAGCUGGUCACAGUGCUACGAGCUGCUGCUGCAGUCGCUGGAGGGGUACAGUCUGUCCGUCAACCCUAGGGAGAUGGAACUGGGUCCUGCCUGUGUUUUCCCAGAUGGCUGUUUUGGCUGGCCGGUGUUACAGUAUAGAGUGCUGCAUGAGCUUGUCUACUCCGCCCGCAGGAUGAGUAAUCCACAGAUUGCUGUCAGACACAUGACACUGCUGGUGCACCUGAUGCUUCGACACCUGAGCGUCAACGAGCAGCGCGAGGCUCUGACCGGCCUGUCCACAUUGACCCUCAAGUGUCCUGGCACGCCCCAGCCUCUAGCGCUGGACACUGGCCUCAUCCUGCCGCCUGUACCACUGCUGGCCCUGCCUACUGUCAGGUCUUUCCGCUUGCUGCCGCCCGCCCCGCACCUACAGGCCACCAAGAUCGAGAGCCCGGACAGCUCCAGCUCAUCUGGGGUCUUCAUCUACACCCCGCUGUCUCUCAGCAACAAAGCCGCCAGUGACAGCAAGCCAGACUUUAAGUGGGUCUGUGGAGAUGUGUGCGAGGCUUCCCUUCAGCUGCUCAAUCCUUUAGCUGACGAACUCAAGAUAUUUUAUAUGGGCCUCAUGACCUCAGAUGAGCAGGAGGCGGAGAUUUUCCCGGCUAACCCUGUGAUCCCAGCAGACUCGGGGCUGAUGACGGUCAAGCUCAUGGUCAGGCCAAAGUCGGCCGGUACACUCAAAAUCUUAGGGUACACAACUAUUGUGUAUGGAGUAAAGAGUAACUGCCGCCUCCGAGAUCUGGUGAACCUGCGACCUUCACCCAUGUCAGAGAUUGUCAUUGAGGUGAUCCCACCUUUGCCUCAUCUGGCUCUGUGCUGUUCAUUGCCCAAGGCCACCGUCUUUUCCUCGAGUGGCAACUCAGCGGAUGUUGUGGCAUCGGGGUCAGCCACACUUUUUGCCGGACAGAGUAUGGAGGGGAUCGUGACCGUCCAGAACACGUCGGAUCAGCUGGUGGAGAAGCUUUCUGUGAGGAUCAAUUCAAAGAAUGAUGUCCAAGGUUCCCUUUCACGAGUUGUGAGCUGGGUGGAAGAGAACAUCACUUCUCAGCUGCCAAUCGAGACCACGGGACAGCUCUGCUUUUCCCUCUACAUGCAUGGAGACAGCGAUUUCCUGCAACCGUCCGAGAUGGUCUCAGGGUCAGGGGCUUCAAUGUCACCAAGGUCAAGGUCUGAAAGUGCAGAAGUCAAGGAGAAAAGCAUAGACACAGUGCUGUCCCUCCAGUACAGCGGUGGGGAGGGUUUGACGGCUGGCUACUGCAGGCAGUGUUCUCUGGCCCUUAACAUUGAUAUCCUGCCCUCUGUCUACAUCACUCGAUGGGACCUGCAGAAUACCAAUGACCCUCAAUUUUGUCGCCUGUGUUUGGAUCUGGUCAAUGUGUCUGGCCAUCAGAUGGACUUAAGCUACGCAUCAGACAGCAGCAUUGUUCUAGAGCCUCAUCACACACGCAGAAUUGGGUUGGAAGUACCGCGCCUGGAUGCGGAGCAAGUGGACAUGAGUCAGAUGGAGCAAAACAGAAUCCCGGCUCACUACCGUACUCGAGCAUCUCCUGACCCGUACAGUCAGUGCUUGGCCAGAUAUGUGGACAUUAAGUGGACCAUGCCUUCUACCAAAGCAACUGGCACAGUGGGCAUCGACUACCUCACCUGGACUCCAGAACAACUCAGGGUGUUGCUCCUAUCGGACAUUCGCUGGGAGGUGAAGCUGUGUGGCCAGCCGUUGCUGCCCUCCUCCAGGUUCUCCUUCCAGGUGGGUGAGACAGUGGAGGUGGCCGUGAGGCUGGAGAAUACGUCAGAUGUUGGCAAAAAAGACUCCCUCCUAUGUAUCGAGCCAUGUCAGAGGAGCAUGGGGGGAGAUUUGGGCCUGGACUGUUCCAACGUGUCUGUGAUUGGUGCCUCGGUGCUGCAUAUAGCUCAGAUUGCAGCUGGCUCAGAGGUGAAGCACUCAUGCUCCUUCCUGUUUUUGGCCCCGGGGUCAUAUGGGUUGACCAUCAGCUGUCGCCACCUGGGAGAGGCGGAGGGUGUCUCUUCCAUCACUGUUGCCAAAACAACGGUCAGCGCUGUGACGGGGGCUCCCAACAACGCUAGUCGGCCGAACAGCAUCAGCAAGCAGAAGAGUGACAACGGUCACGGCUCAACGACGACAGCGACGAUGAAGACAGAGAGCAAGCUCAAAGCACUGGCUCGUCACACGUGGGUUUACAGCUCUCCUGUCAGAUUUGAAGUGACCUGAGGCAGACCAGGGCAAUGUAUUUUAGGCUAUGUAUAGUUCAAGUCUUUCAAUGAGAGAAUAGGAGGCGUUUGUGUACUUUGUGUACAUCCUGUCCCCUCUCCCCUUCCUCCCUCCCUCCCUCCCUCCUUCUUUACGUUUUCCCACCUCCCUCCCCCCCA